CGUGUGCAUGAAAGAGAGGAAGGAGAGCGCUGGGAGGGGGGGAGGAGGAGAGAAAAGGAGAAGGACGCUGAGGCAGAAGACAGCGAGCGGCUCUCAAUGACAUCAAGCAGCCUCAGUACCUGAAGCCGCCCGACCCAGCGAGCGAGCGACCACUCCUGUGCCCCCAAAAGGCGUCGAGGAGCUGCAGGACAUGCAUCCCCCUCUCUAAGGCAGCCCCCCCUUUUUUUGAGUGGAGCCGGGCUGCCACUGGAUUACACGACAGAGGAGGAAGCUUCUUCCAGUUGUAAAUCCACCCAUGCAUCUCGCACACGGCGCAGGAGGAGACGGUGCACAUCCUACCAAGAGUGCCUACCCCUGCUGAGUGAAGCCCCAACCACAUUUCAGUCAUCUUCAAGCAGCCAAAAGUGGGACCAUGCAUUUGUGCAAUACAGGCCGUGCGCUGGUCCAGUCCAGAAGGCUCAGGACCUCCCCCCUGUGUCUCCUUCUGCAUUUUAUCAUCCUGCUAAUUAAAGUCAACAGUCUUUCUGCAAUGCCAGCUGCGCCCAAGUUUACCAAGACUCCCACAGACCAGAUUGGCGUAUCAGGAGGCGUGGCGUCGUUCGUGUGCCAGGCCACCGGGAAUCCCAAGCCGGUUGUCUACUGGAACAAGAAGGGCAAGAAGGUCAACUCUCAACGUAUCGAGACCAUCGAAUUUGACGAAGGCGCUGGCGCCGUGCUGAGGAUCCAACCUCUCCGAGCACCUCGAGACGAGAACAUCUACGAGUGUGUCGCACGGAACAGCGAAGGAGAGCUGUCAGUCACGGCAAAGCUGGCCAUUAUCAGAGAGGACUUGUUGCCGUUUGGCUUCCCCAGUAUCGAUAUGGGCCCGCAGCUGAAGGUGGUGGAGCGCACAAGGACGGCCACCAUGCUGUGUGCCGCCAGUGGAACGCCGGACCCCGAGGUCUCCUGGUUCAAAGACUUUCUGCCCGUUGAACCCAGCACCAGCCGAGGCCGCAUCAAACAGCUCAAAUCAGGAGCUCUCCAGAUCGAGAACAGCGAGGAAACCGACCAAGGGAAGUACGAGUGCGUGGCCACUAAUUCUCAAGGUGUGCGCUACUCCUCGCCAGCCAACCUCUACGUACGAGAAGCGUCAGAAACAUUGCGCCGUGUCCCCCCUCGUUUCUCCAUCCCCCCCUCCAACCACGAAAUCAUGCCGGGAGGGAGCAUCAACAUCACCUGCGUGGCGGUAGGCUCCCCGAUGCCCUACGUCAAAUGGAUGGUGGGUAGCGAGGACCUGACCCCCGAGGACGAGAUGCCGUUCGGUCGCAACGUGCUGGAGCUCACCGGCGUCCGGGAGUCAGCCAACUAUACGUGCGUGGCCAUGAGUAGUCUGGGUAUCAUCGAGGCCACGGCUCAGGUCUUAGUCAAAACUUUGCCAAAACCUCCUGGCACUCCCAUGGUCACAGAGACCACAGCCACCAGCGUGACCAUCACAUGGGACUCGGGUAACCCCGACCCGGUGUCCUAUUACAUCAUCCAGUACCGAGCCAAAGGUCCGGACAGCAAGUACGAGACGGUAGACAGCAUCACCACCACCCGCUACAGCAUCGGUGGGCUGUACCCCAACACCGAGUACGAGAUCCGAGUAUCGGCCUUUAACAGCAUCGGCCAGGGUCCCCCUUCUGUGCGAGUCGAGGCCCGGACGGGCGAGCAAGCCCCGGCCAGCCCGCCGCGAAAUGUCCAAGCCCACAUUAUUUCACAGAACACGGUGAUGGUUCGCUGGGAGGACCCGGAGGAGCCAAAUGGGCAGGUUAAGGGCUACCGCGUGUACUACACCAUGGACCCGUCCCGGCCCAUAAAUGAGUGGAAGAUCCAUAACGUCCAGGACAGUCUGAUCACGACCAUACAGAGCUUGGUCACCUCCGAGACGUACACCCUCCAAGUCCUGGCGUUCACCUCCGUCGGGGACGGGCCCUUCUCUGACCCGGUCCAUGUUAAAGUCAUGCCAGGAGUUCCAGGCCAACCGGGGAAGUUUAAAAUCGGAAGAGUGACUGACACCAGCAUUGAGCUGACCUGGGAGCCCGCCUACACCAAGAUGGCCAUCAUCAAUUACGAGCUCCUUUACAAACCUGUCAAAUAUGGCAGUUUGGAGAAGCUGACCUUUGGCCCCCGAAACUCCUACACGGUGGAGGGCCUGAAAGCCAACACGGACUACUCCUUCUCCCUGGCAGCCAUCUCAAACAAAGGCAUCGGCGCUUUCACCAAUGAACUGGUGCAGAGGACAUCACAAGCCAAACCCUCAGCCGCACCCGAGGGUGUAUCCUGCGAGAGUGCCAGCUCCACCUCGCUGAGAGUUAGUUGGCGGCCGCCUCCACUGGAGGGCCACAAUGGCGAGUUGGCAGGUUAUGAGCUAAGAUACCGCAAAGUUUCUGGGGCAGGAGGCAAAGGUCAGGGCCAGGAGGUGUCCGGGCUGCCUAUACCGGCCCGGCAGGCGGACACGCUAGUUGAGGGCCUGGAGAAAUGGAGCUGGUACAACAUCACCAUGGCAGCUGCCACUUCUGAGGGAACUGGACCCAACAGCUUGCCUGUGCUCUGCAGAACAGAUGAGGAUGUUCCCAGCGCGGCCCCUCGUCACAUUGAUGUCACUCCUUUCAAUUCCUCCGCACUCCGGGUCACUUGGCGCUCCGUGUUGCCAAGGUUACGCCAAGGUCAGAUCCGUGGUUACCAGGUGCACUACAGUCGCCUUGGCGGCAGCGAAUCCCGAAAUCUUCCUUGGAUAAAAGAUCUCUUAUUGGAUGAGUCUCAGAUGGAGGAGGAUGAUUCCACUCAGUAUGAGAUGAUUUUGGGAGGCCUGAAAGCAGAGACGUUGUACGCUGUGUCAGUGGCAGCGUACACCACCAAAGGUGAUGGAACACAUAGCAAAGCCAAGAUGGUGAAGACCUCGGGGAUGGUACCUUCCCCUCCUUGCCUGUGGGCACAUUUGGGAUUGGGUCCAUCAGUGGUGCUUCGAUGGGCUCCUCCGCUGGAAUGCGCAGCGUCAGGCUCUGAUGGCCAGAGGCUCCCUCUGGAAAUUCAAGGCUACCGCCUCCAGUUUGGCCCCAAGAAUACAUCCCAGGAGACCUCGAUAGAUUUCACAAAAGAAAGAAAUUUCACCGUCAUAAACCUCUCCCCGGGCUCCACCUACGUCUUUGCGCUCUCCGCAAAGAGCCGAGCGGGUUACGGAGAUGUUGUACAGAGGGAAAUAACCGUUCCCGUCAUCCCACCCUCAGGAUACCCGAAGAUCUCUGACUUUGUUAACGCCACUUGCUGCUCCCUGCAGCUCUCCUGGCUCCCUCCUGACCGAGAGGAGAGCAAUGGCGUCAUCACAGAGUACAACAUCGCUUACAAAGAGACUUCAGGCUCCAAAGCCUCAAGCCUCGCGGGCAACUUUUUAUUACCGAACCUCCGUGCCCCCCCACGUGUGGUCACGCUACCGGCGAGCCAGUCUAGCUACACCAUCCUGGGCCUCAAUCACAGCACGGCCUACGAGGUGCAGCUCAGAGCCCACAACCAAGCGGGGCCCGGCCCCUUCAGCCCCCCUCGGGUGUGCCAAACCCGGGCCUUUGAAACAGACGUACCGAGGAAUUUUUCAGUCAAUCUGGCCACGAGGACUAGCGUUCUUCUGACGUGGGAGUUCCCAGAGAGCAGCAACCCCUAUCGCUUUAGUGUGGAGUAUAAUCGGCAAAAGAUGGAGGUGGACGCUCGCCUGAAGAAGGCGGUCAUCCCAAACCUUCAGCCCGACACCAGCUACGACUUUAAGAUCACGGCACCCGAAGGCAACAUGGGUGGCCUUCGCCACCGUAUCACCGCCAAAACAUCCCCGCCAAUCACCAUCCGCCGCCCGGAGAUCGACCACACCCGGGACACGGAGACGACGGUCACCAUAAUUCUGCCAUCGCUGGAGUCUCGAACUCCUGUCAAGAAUGUUUAUGUUGUUGUGGUUCCACUGAGGAGAGCCCGAGGCGUCAUCAGACAUUUGAAAAGCCCGGAUGAAAUGGAUCUGGAGGAGCUGUUAAAAGACAUCAGUCAAAAACAGAGGGACUCUCGCCAGCAGAAGCAGGUGGACCUGCGCCGCGCUUACAUCACAGCCCGCUUCACACCUGCCACCCUACCAGCCUUCUUCACCCUCGGGGACCAGCUGGACUACGGAGGCUUCGAGAACCGCGCAUUAGAGCCCGGCCAGGAAUACGUCUUCUUCAUCCUGGCUGAACUCAACUCUACAACCGGGAAGAUGUACGUGGCCAGCCCUUACACAGAUCCCGUCAUCGCCCCAGAUUCCGACCCCCAGCCCCUGGAUGCAGGUGACGGUCUCAUCUGGGUGGUGGGACCGGUACUGGCAGUGGUUUUCAUCAUCUGCAUCGUCAUCGCUAUUUUACUCUACAAAAACAAACCUGACAGCAAGCGCAAGGAGUCUGAGCCAGGAACCAAAAGUCUUCUGAGUAAUGCCGAGAUGAUGGCCCAUCACCCGACAGACCCCGUGGAGAUGAGACGAAUUAACUUCCAGACUCCAGGAAUGAUGAGCCAUCCUCCCAUUCCUAUCAACGAGCUGGCUGAGCAUAUUGAGCUGAUGAAAGCUAACGACAACCUCCGACUUUCCCAGGAAUACGAGUCCAUUGACCCCGGGCAGCAAUUCACUUGGGAGCAUUCCAACCUGGAGGUCAACAAGCCCAAAAACCGCUAUGCUAACGUGAUAGCGUACGACCACACCAGAGUCAUCCUGGCACCCAUUGAAGGUGUCCUGGGAAGUGACUACAUCAACGCCAAUCACAUUGACGGCUACAGAAAGCAGAAUGCCUACAUCGCCACCCAGGGGCCACUGGCUGAGACAUUUGGUGACUUUUGGAGAAUGGUGUGGGAGCAGCGGGCGGCUUCUGUUGUCAUGAUGACACGAUUGGAGGAGAAAUCACGGAUAAAGUGCGACCAGUAUUGGCCUAGUCGGGGGACAGACACAUAUGGGACGAUCCAGGUAACCCUGCUGGACACCAUGGAACUGGCCACAUUCUGCGUGCGCACCUUCUCCCUGCAUAAGAGCGGCAGCAGUGAACGACGAGAGGUGCGCCAGUUCCAGUUUACCUCCUGGCCGGAUCACGGCGUUCCAGAGUACCCGACCCCGUUCCUGAACUUCCUGCGUCGGGUCAAGGCCUGCAAUCCUCCGGAUGCCGGCCCCAUCAUCGCCCAUUGCAGCGCCGGCGUCGGGCGCACCGGCUGCUUCAUCGUCAUCGACGCCAUGCUGGAGCGCAUCCGACACGAGCGGACUGCCGAUAUCUACGGUCACGUCACCUUGAUGCGCUCGCAGAGGAACUACAUGGUGCAAACUGAGGAUCAGUACAGCUUCAUUCACGAGGCGCUGCUGGAGGCCGUGGCCUGCGGGAACACAGAGGUGGCGGCCAGGAGUCUUUACUCGUACAUGCAGAAGCUGGCCAAGGUGGAGAGCGGCGAGCAUGUCACCGGCAUGGAGCUGGAGUUUAAGCGACUGGCCAAUACCAAAGCGCACACGUCCCGCUUUGUCACCGCCAACCUCCCCUGCAACAAAUUCAAGAAUCGGCUAGUCAACAUCAUGCCCUACGAAACCACUCGAGUGUGUCUCCAGCCAAUCAGAGGCCUGGAAGGGUCUGACUACAUAAAUGCCAGCUACAUCGACGGUUACAGGCAGCAAAAAGGCUACAUCGCCACCCAGGGUCCACUGGCAGAGACUACAGAAGACUUCUGGAGGAUGCUGUGGGAGCACAACUCAACCAUCGUGGUCAUGCUCACUAAACUGAGAGAGAUGGGCCGGGAGAAGUGUCACCAGUACUGGCCUGCCGAACGUUCCGCCAGGUACCAGUACUUUGUGGUGGACCCCAUGGCCGAGUACAACAUGCCCCAGUACAUCCUGCGGGAAUUCAAAGUAACAGACGCCCGGGACGGCCAAUCACGAACAGUCCGUCAGUUCCAGUUCACUGACUGGCCCGAGCAAGGUGUGCCCAAAUCCGGUGAAGGCUUCAUUGAUUUCAUUGGCCAAGUGCACAAAACUAAAGAGCAAUUUGGCCAGGAUGGACCGAUCACUGUUCAUUGCAGUGCUGGCGUGGGUCGGACGGGGGUCUUCAUCACUCUGAGCAUUGUGCUGGAGAGGAUGCGCUAUGAAGGGGCGGUAGACAUUUUCCAGACUGUCAAAAUGCUGCGGACACAGAGACCAGCCAUGGUGCAGACCGAGGAUGAGUACCAAUUCUGUUACCAGGCUGCUCUGGAGUACUUGGGUAGCUUUGACCACUAUGCAACAUAAACCAAGACGCAACAACAAAGAAGGAGCAAAAGACAAAAGACUACACCAAGAAGGACGACAACAACAAAAAAACAACAACAAAUCUGUGUCUAACAACAGCCACGCUCUUUUCUGCUAAAGAGCUGCGCUAGACUCUCCAUGUGUAAUCCAUAUACUUACCUCAGUGUUCCAAGUGUGAAGGACGUAUAAUAAUACAUAUGUGUCGUGGUCAACUAUCUCCAAUACCAGUGAAACACAAAAACAGGAAUUUACAAUUCUCUCUGUGUAGAAAUACUAAAAGAAAAAACACACACACAAAGAGCCUGGAUAUUUGCUGCACCCUUAAUGGGCUUUUUAUCCUCAACUUUGUAUCUAUCGCUUUGGUGUACUCAUGGGUCACAAAGGUCAACGUUUCUAUGUGUACGUGAGUCUCUUUCUAAGGUGUCGAACCGAUCAUUACGAAAGCCGGUGGUUCGGAAGACUCACUUGAGACGUGACCACCGCUAUCAAGACAGAGCGGACGUUGCUAAUAUCUGACGCACAGUGCCAACACGAGCCCAUCAACUGCGGCCCACGAACACGAAUUGUCAUGUCUGGCCAUGAGAGACUCUGAAUAUUCCGGACCGGACUGGCCGCUAUCGUCCGGCGCCUUGGACAAAAAGCUUGCUUGCUGUUUUGCUUGUGUUGGUCCUUCAUCGUCCCUCUGCUCCACUCUUCGUCACGCCAGGCCCAUUUUGUCGGCUCCGGUAGGGGUUCGACGAUAAGGAGGCCGUUGAAAGACCUUUCUUAUUUUGUCUCAUGUUCUGUGUGUGUGGUUUUCUUCAUUAUCAUUGCCUUACACUGAUUUGUUUUAACAUGCUGCUUUGCUCUCAUGCUUGACUAUUAUCGUACACAAUUUUAAAAUGAGUAAUGAAAGUCCAUCUCAAGCAGAGCCUGAAUGAAUUUAAUCUCAUUGGUUGGCAUAAAAGGGAGAGAAAAAUAAUCUUCGCUCACAUACAGCGGUGCCUUGAGAUACUGGUUGAAGGAGUCGUGGGUGAAUUUUUUGUUUUUGUAAAAACAUCAAGCAGCACUUUGACAGAUAAUCAACAGUUAUUAAAAAAAAAAGGGGGGCCUUCAAGAUGUUUAUUCCUACUCCAAGUUGCAUUUUGCUGUCAAACUAAACCUCAAAUAAAGAUAAUUACACAACCAAUGGCUUGCUUUAGAUAAGUCCUGUUAGCUCAAUGUUAACAAACAAUACAAAAUGCCAUAGAUGGGCUAACAAAUACUUCAUAGGCAUAUUUUUUUCUGAACCAAAAACACUAAUAUUGCCGUUUAGUGAGUCACUUGGAGUAGUGAAAGUCUUCUUAGUUUGUCUCUUCAAGACCUCCAGUGGCUGAAUCACACACACACACCAUAAAGAACUGUAUAUUUUUUUACUUUACAAUUGAUUACGUUAUGGCUAUUUCUUUUGUAACGUGAAUGUUUUGAAGAAAUUUUCCGUCCUCAAAACAUGUUUUUGUGUUGUUGGGUUUUGGGGGAUCUUGGGAUGGAUUAUGACAGUUCCAUGUUUUAUGUUAGAAAAACGUAUCUCAAGGCACCACUGUAGUAAAAUUAGUUCUCUGCCACUUAGUUGACCAACAACCCAUGAAAAUUCCAUGUACAGAACAUCCGGACUUGCCGCUUGAUUUUAAUUUGGCAUAUAAUCACGCUGAAUUGAUCCCGCGUGGUGACUCAACAGCACAGCGUUGUUAGUGUGGCAAAAUUGAUGAGAUUUAGCCCAAUUUUGUACAUACUGCCCAACAACACUAGCCGAGCACAAGACAGAGCGGCGGGAUUGGAUGUGAUGUAAUUCUUAAUGUCGCAAAAAACAAGCCUUAUCGUGUCAUAUUUAUUUUGUGUUUUUUUUUUUUUAAAGAUACUAUUUUGUUACGCUUUGUUAUUUUUGUUACGCUUUGUUUUUAUUGGAGUAUCUAGCUAGUAACUAUAAAUGUGUUUUAUGUUUUUGUUAAUUUUCUAUUUUCUUUUAUUAGGGUGGUGUUUUUUUUUUUUUUCACUUAUUUACUCGAUUACAAAGUAUGCCCUCUGUGUAGGGUGCUCUUUGAUACCGAUCACUGAUGUCCAACUGUUAGAGAUGUAUUUUAGAGGAAGUCCUAGUUUAAGUUUACAGCGAUGACCUUUCGAUGCCCAAAAAAACGCACCCCCCCCAAAACGCCCUUUCCUGUUUGACCUCCACAGCAACAACAUGAGUAAUCAUAACAAAAAGGUCAUAGGGCAUCAGGGGCGACGCUCAGAUGUAGUUUGCUAAAGCACACGGUAGCAAGUGUAUUUUGGACAGAUGGCUCAGCGGCACAUUUUACUCGCCCUUCAUUUUAAAAGUUAUUCCGAUAUGAAGUCGAUGUGAGGUCUAGAAGUCUUGACAGUGCGUGACAUAUAUGGAAAUAUGUAAUUCCUUCGCUUUCUAACCAAUUGUUGUGUCAAGAGGAUGCACACACGAGGCGUAGUGAUGAGAUUGUGUGUUUGAGGGCCAUCCUCCUUCACUUCUGUACCCGUUCUUUCCUUUCCAAGCAUAGAUGUAGAUAUAAUAUCUUGACUUUGUAUUAAAAGCAGAUGAUUGGAUAUACAGCACAA